AAGGAAAUCUGCAAGCAGUGUAAAGUGAAACUUCACACCGUAAAUUUCAAGUGUUUUUUUUUCUUAAAAAGCCCUCAGAGGAGAUCAAUAAAUUGUCUGCGCAUUUUGUGAACAAAGAGGAAAAAUGCAGAUAUUCGUGAAAACACUGACGGGCAAGACCAUCACCCUAGAGGUUGAGGCUUCGGAUACUAUUGAGAACGUCAAGGCUAAAAUCCAGGACAAGGAGGGAAUUCCCCCAGACCAGCAGAGAUUGAUCUUCGCUGGAAAACAGCUGGAGGACGGACGCACUCUUUCUGAUUAUAAUAUCCAGAAGGAGUCUACCCUUCAUUUGGUCCUUCGACUUCGUGGAGGCAUGCAGAUCUUCGUCAAGACCCUCACAGGGAAAACCAUUACCCUUGAGGUCGAGGCGUCAGACACCAUCGAAAAUGUCAAGGCUAAAAUCCAGGACAAGGAGGGAAUUCCCCCAGACCAGCAGAGAUUGAUCUUCGCUGGAAAGCAAUUGGAAGAUGGUCGCACACUCUCUGAUUACAACAUCCAGAAGGAGUCGACUCUUCAUUUGGUCCUUCGACUUCGUGGAGGCAUGCAGAUCUUCGUCAAGACUCUCACAGGGAAAACCAUUACCCUUGAGGUCGAGGCGUCAGACACUAUUGAGAACGUCAAGGCUAAAAUCCAGGACAAGGAGGGAAUUCCCCCAGACCAGCAGAGAUUGAUUUUCGCUGGAAAACAGCUGGAGGACGGACGCACUCUUUCUGAUUACAAUAUCCAGAAGGAGUCUACCCUUCAUUUGGUCCUUCGACUUCGUGGAGGCAUGCAGAUCUUCGUCAAGACCCUCACAGGGAAAACCAUCACCCUUGAGGUCGAGGCGUCAGACACCAUCGAAAAUGUCAAGGCUAAAAUCCAGGACAAAGAGGGAAUUCCCCCAGACCAGCAGAGAUUGAUCUUCGCUGGAAAACAGCUGGAGGACGGACGCACUCUUUCUGAUUACAACAUCCAGAAGGAGUCUACCCUCCACUUGGUCCUUCGACUUCGUGGAGGCAUGCAGAUCUUCGUCAAGACUCUCACAGGGAAAACCAUCACCCUUGAGGUCGAGGCUUCAGACACCAUCGAAAACGUCAAGGCUAAAAUCCAGGACAAGGAGGGGAUUCCCCCAGACCAGCAGAGAUUGAUCUUCGCUGGAAAACAGCUGGAGGACGGACGCACACUCUCUGAUUACAACAUCCAGAAGGAGUCUACCCUCCACUUGGUCCUUCGACUUCGUGGAGGCAUGCAGAUCUUCGUCAAGACUCUCACAGGGAAAACCAUCACCCUUGAGGUCGAGGCUUCAGACACCAUCGAAAACGUCAAGGCUAAAAUCCAGGACAAGGAGGGGAUUCCCCCAGACCAGCAGAGAUUGAUCUUCGCUGGAAAACAGCUGGAGGACGGACGCACACUCUCUGAUUACAACAUCCAGAAGGAAUCCACUCUUCACUUAGUCCUCCGUCUCCGUGGGGGCCUCUAAAAUCCUCAUUUCCAAUUAAUCACUGACUGAGAUAUUAGCAAGCAACUGUGGUUCUGUCGAUAAGACAACUUGUACCUAAUUUUUUUCAACGUUAAUAAAUAUGAUUUCCAAGUUCUAAA